AUGCUGUCAUUUUCUUUUAACCCUUACACUUGGGAUAGUUCAAAGGAGCGAGUUGACUCUGAUGUUGUAACCCUGCAGCUGAAAAACAACAAAGGAGAGCUAAUUAAAGUAUCAAAUCUCUCGGAAGACAUCGUCAUCAUUACACCUUUGAAACCUGGGAAAAACUUUACGGAAAAGGCAAAGUAUUUCACAAGGAAUGACAAUUUACUUUUUCAUGAGAUAGAGGUUAGAUUUGGAAACACCUUGCUGAUGAUGGAAAUCAACCCUCAAGCGCCAAACGUAUAUCUGUUUGCAUAUAUGCGUUUUGGUCAGCGGCCAACAUCUCAAGACUACGACCUCAAUGCCACUAUCUCUCAUGACGAAAAGUGUGUUUGGAUGCUAAGUGCACAUGACAAAAGUGAAGGACAAACGGUCUGCUCCUUGAAUCCUCAUGCACCGAUACAAGUACUUGCUGAGCGUCCCGGGAAAUACUUUCUUGGCUUAAAAAAUUACAACGCCACAGUGAAUUUAUCUCACAAAAGAGAUAAAAGGUCUUGUCUUGGAGGAAGGCGAAGAAAGCGUUCCUGCGUCGAAGUCAAAGAUCCACCACCCACCCCACUCCAGGGUGAAAAUGUCUCUGUGAUGCCAGUUUAUGAUUCCACAACAGACCAGAAGUACACUCUGAAGGUGGUCUUAGGUAGUUGUGUUUACUGGUCAGAAAAGUUUGACAAGUGGAAAUCAUCUGGCUGUCGGGUUUUAGCAGAAUUAGAUGGAUUCUUAAAUUGUAGCUGUAGCCACCUGACAUCAUUUGGGGGAAGUCUUUCAGUUGAACCGAAUCCUAUUGACUUCGACAAGGUUCUAGUCGAGUUCCAGCAGUUACCAGAAACUGGAAAUGUCGCUGUAAUUGUGGCUAUUGCGGUGGUUUUAUUGUGUUAUACAACUACGUUUGUUAUCGUAAGGAAAUUCGACAAAGAAGACGCGAAAAAUGUAAGUGUCGACCCGGAUUUUGCUUAG